UGUUUGCGUUGGAGCGUGAGCUAGUUUCGACCGGCGUACCUGGGAAGGACGGCAGGACCGCCGCACCCGUGGUGAACAUGCCGGGUCGAAUUCGAAGUUGGACGGGUUACUUCGACGUGUGGCCAACGGGCGUCGUCGUGGACCACCAUUGGUUUCUUGCACGACCGGCGGUGGAGGUCGGCAUGGCGUCGGACGAGUCGAAAGCGGAGUAUGUCUGCCGCAUGUGCCGUGCGCUUUUGUUUACGAGCGAUGACUUGAUGGAGCACGAGCCGCAGAGGCAUCAGAUCUCGCAGCGAAAGAAGCUGAAGGAAGCAAAGCUUGGCGCGGUCGAGUGCAGCUCGUACUUCCUUUCAGAUACGAAGGAAUGGAUGGACGAGGCAUCGCUUGCCGAAGGCAAACUGUUUUGUCCGGUGGCCAAAUGCAAUUCCCGCUUGGGGUCGUUUGGGUGGAGUGGCAGCCAGUGCUCGUGCGGCACGUGGGUCACACCGUCCGUUCAAUUCACAAAGAGCCGCGUCGACGUCAAAGUAAAGAUGGCGAUCCCAGCUGUGUUUGUCCCUGUCGUAGAGGCGGCCGCAGUAGCUGCUCCAGGUGGAGACUCCGUCGUCGACAAGUCCCAAGGCAUUGACGACGCAUCAGACACUCCAACUCCGGCCGAAGCCGCCGUGACGCCUUCUGCGUAAUGUGUCGUUCGUUUCCAAGUUGAAAGGACUUCUAAGUCAUGGCACGGGGUGUGUGCCAUCCUGCUUCGAUAAACCUUCAGAUAUUUACUGCUAUUCCCUUGCCGUCGUUCGUCAUGCUGCUGUGCAAAUUAAACUGAACUGUGCCAUCAAGGGAUUUGUUCUGCGAGCGUCCGAA